AUGCCCCGCGCCGGCUUCGGGUGGCCGCCUCGUGCGCAGCCGCGUCCCGCCACAGGCCGGCUCCUUCCGGGCUUGCCGGCUUCCGCUCACCCGGCCGCUGCCGUGCCUUCGGCCGACUCCGCCUUGCCGCCGCGCCCGGCCGACUCCUGCAGCACCCGGCCGCCGGGUCACUGGCACCCCCGCCUCCGACUUUGUCCCUCUCUGGCCUACGUCGCUCCUUGCCGGCUCCCCCCCAGCUCGGCCGGCUCCCGAGCACCGCCACUUCCGCGCCGGCUCCGCCCCUGCCGAGACGCCUCGCCCGCCCACCGGCUUCCGCGGGCCGGCUUCACCUCGCCUCGGUCGCCUUCGCGCUGCCUCCUCGCGGCCGUGCCGGCUUCCAGCACCCCCGCGCACCCGGCCCGGGCCGGCUCGCCGCCUCUUCCGCACCCUGCGCAGGCCGGCUCCUCCGUCCCGGCCACCCCCAACCUCGCGCCUCCGCCUGGCCUGUCAGCUGGCCGCCCGCGCCUCGUCGGCUCGUGCCCCUGCCGCGGCCGCGCGCUGGCUCUGGCGGAUCCGCCCCUGGCCGUGCCGGCUGCGCCGGCUGCCCCGCCUCCCAGCCCGCCCGCUGCGACCAGCGCAUCCUGUGGCCGACUCCCGCUCGCCCCGCGCCGGCUCAUCCCCACCUCCUCGCCGCGCCCGUCAGUCGCCUCCGCUGCGCCCGGCCGGCUCCGCUCCCUGAGGCACCCGCUCGCCGGCUCCGCUCCGACGAGCCACCCCCGUCCGGCCUGCUCCGGGUGGCCGCCCCGUGCCCGGCCGCGGCGCCUCCGCCUCCUGGUGGCCGCUGCUCCAGGCCGGCCCCUGCGCCCGCUCGUUCUGCUGCGUGCUGGAAGCAGUCGCUAA